UCGCCUUCAUCUUUGCUGCAAUUAGCAGAAAGCAUCCAUCCAAGCCGCUGCAACUUGAAGUAGUAGGCUGAGGAGGGGAUCUCGUUCUCUUUACGGCAGCACGUCUCCUAUCUCCAGCCAUCAAAACAAAAGAAAGGAUCCAGUAGAAGCGAUCAGGAGUGGACAUAAAGUCUUCGGAUUCCAUGGCGGCCGUCAGGAGGGAAGCCACAGGCAUGGCCAGAUUGGCAGGAUUACCCAUAGGAUGUCUUGGAAUAAUUCUCCUUGGUUUUGUCAUUCAGUCCCUUGCAGUCCAUACAAGUGAGAGCAACUCCAUAGCGAAGACGACUGAGGCCACUCAGAAUGUCGGAGCAGAAACUGAGAUUGUUAGCAGGCGUCUCGGAGAUUACAAGCAAGACGGCAGCAAGCAUGGAGAAGGGAACUUCAAGGACGGCAACAGGUACAGCGAAGAAGGAAAGUACGAGGAUGGCAACAAGUAUGGCCAGGACGGGAACAAGUAUGCCGAACAAGGGAAGUACGAGUACGGCAGCAAGCAUGGCCAAGAGAACUUCAAGGACGGGAAAAAGUAUGGUGAACAAGGGAGGUACUAUGAGGACGGCUACAAGUAUGUCCAAGGGAACUUCAAGGAAGGGAAAACCUACGGCAAAGGGAAGUACGAGGACGGCAACAAGUAUGGCGAAGGGAACUUCAAGGACGGAAACAAAUACGGCGAACAAGGGAAGUACGUGGACAAGUAUGAGAAGGAGUACGAGAAGAAGUAUGAGAACGAGUACUACAACCACUAUGACAACAAGUACAACAACAAGUACUAUAACAAGUACUAUGCGAAUAAGCAGGGCAUCAAAGGGCUAACGUACCACGACAGAGACAUUGAUGUGGACAUUGAUGUGGACAUUGAUGUGGACGUAGACUAUGAUGAGGACAACUGGAAGUAUGACAACAAGUACAAGUUUUAUGAUGGCAAACACAAAGGGCAGAAGCACGGCGUGAAGUACAUGGAGGAUUACGGUAUGAAGUACAGCCGUUACGAUAAGAAGAGGUAUGGCGAGAAGAAGUAUGGCUACAAGAAUUAUAACAAGAAAUACUAUGGGAAGAAGAAGCAAAGCAAGAAGUAUCAUAAGUACAACGACAAGUACGGUAACAAGCAUGGUAACAAGUUCGGUAAAAAGUAUGGUAACAAGCACGGUAACAAGCACGGCAACAAGUACGGUAACAAGUACAGCAGCAAGUACGGGAAGAAGGGUAAUUAUUAGAGGGACUAUGGCAAGAAGAAGGAUGAGAAGGGGCAUGAUGAGAAGGAGUACAACACGGUUGACCCCGCAGUACGAUCAAACACAUCUUACAUAAGUACGACAAUGAGAGUUACGACGGGAAGUACAAGGACAAAAAAUGUGAUGAUCAGGAGUACAACAAGGGUAGGAGCUGCAAUAAGAAAUGAAUGAACAGUGAUUCCGCUACAGAAGAUUAUGCUUUCCGAAAAGUAUUGUCGCAGUCAUUCAUUGGAAGUCUGAGCAGAAGAGAAAACAAACGUGCAUAAAGUGA